GGGAGUGAAGCUGGAGGGGCCGAGAGGUCAUUGUGGAGUGAAUGUUCUUCUGAAGAUUAUGGGGUCACAGCCGCCUCCGAAACCCUGGGAAAGACGGAUCCCGGGAAAUCUGAGUGCGCCUUCUUUCCAAUCAGCUGAACUGUUAUCUGGCCUACCUACAAGACAAGGACAGCCUGUCAUUGCAAGAAUUCCACCACCUCUUCCUCCAAGACCAACACAGCAGACUGGAGUUGGUAACUUCAGCUCUUACAGAUCUAUCUAUAAUACUUUCUCUCCAGCAUAUACACCAUAUGGAACCUCUUUAUAUGGAAGCUAUAGCCCCUAUAAUUAUGGACAUGGAGGUCUUGGCUACAACAGAUUUCGAACAGAUGAUAUUCCACCAAGUAGGUUUGUACGCCAGGCUGAAGAAAGCAGUAGAGGAGCAUUUCAGUCCAUUGAAAGUAUUGUUCAUGCAUUCGCUUCUGUCAGUAUGAUGCUUGAGGCUACUUUUUCAGCAGUGUACAACAGUUUCAGAGCCGUCUUGGAUGUUGCAAAUCACUUUUCCAGACUUCGAGUGCAUUUUACCAAAGUUCUCUCGGCAUUUGCGUUGAUCAGAACUUUGAAGUACAUGUACAGGAAGUUACAAAGGAUACUGGGCCUACGGAACAACUCUGAGAUUGAGGAUUUAUGGGCAGACAGUGCUCUGGUUCCAGCAGGUGCUGAAGACAAAGUACCUGGGUCAGGCAAAUCCUGGCCCAUCUUUCUGUUCUUCGCAGUUGUCCUUGGAGGUCCAUAUCUUAUAUGGAAACUAUUGAGCUCAGCUACUUCAGAAGAACCAGACGAAUCAACAAGUUGGGCAAAUGGAGAUGAUGAUCAUGUUGUAGCAAGAGCAGAAUAUGACUUCACUGCUGGCUCAGAAGAAGAGAUCACAUUUCGGUCAGGUGACCUGCUGAACCUAGCUCCUAAAGAACAGCAACCCAAAGUACGUGGGUGGUUGAUGGCCAGUUUAGAUGGUCAAACAACAGGAUUAGUGCCAGCCAAUUAUGUCAAAAUUUUAGGUAAAAGACGGGGCAGAAGGCCAGCAGUGUUGCAACGCUUGGCAGAGAAACAGCCACGUGAAGGUUCUACAACUGCAAAUGGACCUAAAGUUAUUGAAUCACUGGAGGAACAAGAAGCAGCUUUUGAAUCAGUUUUUACUGAAGCACCAGUACAUAAUAAAGAUUCUAGCACUACAGAAUCCACACAUACUGGUAAAGAUGUAGUGAAUGUCUGACAAUACUAAUAUUAUUAACAGGAAGAAAGCUUUCCUUUUGUAGAACUGGUGUAUUAAAUUAUAUUCAUAGGUUUUAGAUUUCUGUUGUACCAAAUUAUGAUCUUUUCAUCCUCAAUUCAGCAAUUUUUUUUGAAAAAUAAAUCAGGGUACAUAAGAUGUUUAUUUGUCACCUAUUAAAUGUCUAUAUUUUUUGCCAACAUAUACUUUUUUUUUGUUUAGCCACUGUACAACAGAUAAUCACAGUACUUAACCAUUAUAAAAUGGUUGGAUCGUAUCUAAAACCUUUUUGAAAUUUCAACAAAUUUGGUGAUUGACCCAUAAGUCAAAAACAAAAAGUGACAAUGUUCCAGCUCUUCCCUGCUCCCUGCCCCUCCACACCCCCAUCCCCCUAACUGAUAUAUUUGCAGACAGUUUGGAAAUACAAAAUGGAUGCCUGCCUGCACAACAUUCUUCCACAUCAUCAUAUAUAUUAUUGUGGGUGGGUAAGGUAUCAGCCAUUGGGCUUCUAGCGUGUUUUCACCUCCAUUUCUGUCAUUUGUGCUGCUGAAGAACAUGGAACAAAUAAGCUAGCAUGGCACUUUUCACCCUGGAGCUUAAAGGUGGGAAGGAGGUGGACAGGGUUCCCCAGUGCUCGUCAGAUCCCUGAUUCCCUUCCUGACCAAAAAUCUAAAGACUUACAAGUGCAGCAUUCAUGGAUCUUUUCACUUACCACUACUGAGUUCUCGUAUAGCUGGGAGGUCUUGGGAGCAGGAACUCUUUUUUCCUGUGGAACAGAGGUCUUGCUCUCAGCUCAUUCCAGCCUCUCCCCAGUACAUUACCACUGGGAGAUAACUAUUUGUUUAAAGUCAGUCUGCUCAAUACCAACUUUUCUGUGAGGGUAGUACACCCAGAACCCUGUCAUUCCCCAUGUAAAAUUUGCCCUUUAGUCUUUUUUGUGGUCUUUAAUUUCUUCUUCUUAGGAGAUCUGGAUUUUAUUCAACAAAAUUAGCCAUAGCUGGUGACAAGUGAUGUGAUUUGAAAGCAUUUGGAAAGCUCUGUCCAUACAUAAAAUUUGAAUACUCAGGUUUUUUGUAUUUAUGAAACUGGUGAUAUUCUGGUAAGUUUGGUAGUAAACCUGUAGCUUGUGAUAUACUGCUGCUUGAUGAAAUUAACUAGAUCAUUAUAAUACAAUAUGUAUUAAUUCAAAUGUAUCAGUUAUAGCAAACAUUUGAACCAAACUUGUGAAUACUUCUAAAUUGUUCACAUUAUCCAUGAUAAUAAUUUCACAAGUGAAGUUAAUGUGCCUGACGUGAUAUCCUUAAUUGAUUGGAUAACCAUAAAAAUGUUAGUUUGCUGCUGUUCUUUUGAAAUAUUAUCUGUAUCAUACUUCCAACAAGGGGAAGUAGCCAAACUGAAGCAAUCAUAGCUGAGUAAUAGUUUCAAAACAAACUCACUUGUGAUAAAAGGUGAACACAGUGUCUAACUCAUUGUGACAGUGUAUGGAUGUUACCUGAUGGAAGUAAUUAAAUAUUGAAACAUAAUUUUAAAGUUAAAA